CCCGUAAAUGAUAAUGUGGAAAACUUGCAAGGGACAAUGAGUAAUGACAGUGGAAUAAAACGAAAAAUGUACGAUGAAAAGAUGGGUGUGUUUGAAGAUGAACUAUCAAAGAUAGUGGGAUUGAAUAAGCUCAAAAUACGGUUGAGGACAUGGGCAAAGGGAGUGCUCAUGGACGAGAUGCGUCGAGCCGUUGGGAUAGACCUCGGACCAAGAAAAAAACCUCACAUGGUAUUUCUAGGAAAUCCCGGGACAGGUAAGACAACCGUAGCACGAAUCUUAGGCAAAAUACUCCAAUCUGUUGGUGUGCUUUCUUCUGAUAAAGUGACAGAAGUACAAAGAACUGAUUUGGUAGGAGAGUACAUUGGUCACACUGGAACCAAGACUAGAAAAAAAGUAUGGACUCAUUUAUAUAUGAUGAUUCAUGAAACUCCAUUUUGUUAUGUACGUUGUUAG